AUGGACAGCCGAAGCAGAACCCGCAGCAAGCCUCAAAGGAGCCAGCGCCAUCGCAGUACAAGCAGACCACGGAUGGACAGCAGAAGCCGAGGGAGAGGGAGCCGAAAGGAGAGCCGCAGCCGCAGCAACGGCGCUCGCGGCCGCAGCCGCGGCAGAGGCAACCCACAGCCCGCGUAUCGGAUUCCUCCUCCAGCUGGUCGAGCCGAUCCGAAAAAAGAAGUUUCCAUAACAGAGGAGCAAAGACAACACUCCAUCUCGUUGGAAGGCUAUUUAUAUGCCACUAUUGACUUUACCAGUCCACAAGCUCAGCCGCCUUGGACGACUGAGCCCGAUGCACGGUAUACCUAUCAGACCAAGACAGAUAUAUCGGUGAUCCGGGCGAAGAAUCUUCCUAGUGGAUGGGAAGUGGCGCCAGCAACGGAAACUGUGAUACGAGAGGUUAUCAAGCCGUAUUCCUGGGGCACGCACCUACUGGUCACGGAAGGUUGCAAAGCUUAUUGGACAGCCGCUGGAAACAAUCCCGGCUGCUUGGAAGCGCUGUGGGACUACGAAAAACUCCCUGGAAGGUAUACGCUCAAAGCAAAAUUUGGACAAAAUGCAGCGUUGCAUGGCAUCAUACUCAUCAAGACCGUCUCGAAGUUGUCUUAG